AUGGGCAUUCCAAAGUUCUUUCGUUAUAUCUCUGAACGGUACCCCCUCACAUCGCAGCUAAUUCAAGAGAACAAGAUUCCCGAAUUUGACAACCUAUAUCUCGAUUUCAACGGCAUCAUUCACAAUUGUAGGUCUCUGCCUGUUGUUGAAGCACUUUCCUCGCUCAUUUAUGAAGGCUCUCACCCAAACGACGAGGAUGCCCACUUUCGAUUGUCCGAAGAGCAAAUAUUCACCUCCAUUUUCGCAUAUGUGGACCACCUUUUCGCCAAAAUCAAGCCAAAGAAGCUGUUCUUCAUGGCUGUUGAUGGUGUGGCUCCUCGAGCAAAGAUGAAUCAACAACGUAGUCGUCGUUUCCGUACUGCCAAGGAAGCAAAGGAGGUGAGAGAGAAAGCUGAGAGCAAAGGCGAGAAGUUACCGGAUGAGAAAGCGUUUGACAGUAACUGUAUUACGCCUGGCACACCGUUUAUGACGCGGCUGUCCGCGCAACUGAAGUACUUUAUCAAUAAGAAGAUCUCAGAAGAUUCGAGUUGGAGGGAUAUCGAAGUGGUAUUAUCUGGGCAUGAGGUCCCAGGAGAGGGCGAGCACAAGAUUAUGGAAUACAUUCGUCUCUCACGCGCACAACCUGACUACAACCCGAACGUGCGCCAUUGCUUAUAUGGCCUCGAUGCUGACUUGAUCAUGCUGGGUUUGGCGAGCCACGACCCGCAUUUUUGUUUACUACGGGAGGAGGUCAAAUUCGGACCAUCUUCAAAGAAGAAGAACAAUAGCCUGGAAUCUGUAAACUUUUAUUUGUUGCAUCUCUCCCUACUACGGGAGUAUCUAGACCUCGAAUUCCACGAAGUCCAACACGUCAUACCAUUCGCCUAUAACCUCGAGCGGGUCAUUGACGAUUUCAUUUUGCUGGCGGUAUUCGUCGGGAACGACUUCUUGCCCAAUCUCCCUGAUCUACAUAUCCACGAGAAUGGGCUUGAAAGGCUGUUCGAAGUGUACAAGAAAGUAUUGCCCUCAAUGGGGGGUUAUAUCAACGAUGGCGGGACCAUCAAUACACAGCGCUUGCAGGUAGUUCUGGAUGAGAUGGCACAAUGGGAGCGGGAAGUCUUCGAGAAGGAAUAUGCAGAUCUGAACUGGUACAAAGGGAAACAAGCGAAGCAUGUAAAGGAUAUGGAAGGAGCUCGAAAGAGAUCAAGAUUAGUAUUAACCGCACCGCAACGCCAAAUUUUUGAUGAGGUUAAGGCCUUCGUGAUGGAGAAUCGGGCGGCCAUGUCAACAUCGCACACGAGAUCGGCACUGCUGACCAUGCCUAACACAUUCCCUGCUCGGGAGCGAGCUUUUAUCUCAACACUGGCACAAGAGCUUCAUCUGUGUCUAACAUGGGACGAGUAUGAUGAAGACGACCAAAACUUGGUGACAUGGCGAUUUCCGGGCGCUUCUCUAGAGGAACCUAUUCCUGCAUCACGGACGGGAAGUGAUGGCGGCGGCGAUGAAGCUGAGGAAGGAGAUGGAGAAUGGGAGGAUGUCGACGAGGAGGAAGAUGAGGAAGCCAACUCCGCUGUAGAUCGUGUAUUGCAGAAGUACGAGAAGGCCCAAGUCAUGGACGAUGACGCCGAUGGUGGGUUUGACGCCAGGUAUGAGCAGUCUGUGAGAGAGAAGAUGGACGAAUGGAAACGUGGUUACUACAUGGGGAAACUUGAGUUCUCAUAUGAUGACCCGCAGUCGAUGGGGGAUUUAGCGUAUAGAUACAUAGAAGGGCUACAGUGGGUGAUGCACUAUUAUUAUAGUGGCGUAGCAUCGUGGGGCUGGUUUUACAAUUACCACUACGCCCCGCGUAUAUCUGAUCUGAAGGGCGUAGACAAGAUGGAAUUCCAUUUCGACUUAGGCAAGCCCUUCCGACCUUUUCAGCAGUUAAUGGGCGUCUUGCCCGUUGCAAGCAUGGAGCACAUCCCCGAGGCAUAUCAGGAUCUCAUGUACAGCCCAAAUUCUCCGAUUCUAGACUUCUAUCCUCUGGAGUUCGAACAAGAUCUCAAUGGAAAGAAGCAAGACUGGGAAGCUAUCGUUAAGAUUCCGUUUAUUGACGAAACUAGAUUACUUAAGGCUAUGGCCAGUCGUGAGCAUCGGCUGACUCCAGCAGAGGUCAAGCGAAAUAGCUUCGGGAUGAGCACGAAGUUCACCUACAGUCCAGGAGAGCCCACCACAUACCCCUCUUCACUUCCGGGCUUCUUCCCGCCCAUCUACCGCUGUACUUGUAUCAUGGAGCCGUUCGACCUACCUACACUGAACGGUCUGCAUCUUGUGCAAGGUCUAUGUGACGGCGUCUUCCUUGGGGCAGAGGCCCUCGCAGGCUUCCCAUCGCUCAAGACUCUUCCUCAUACAGCGCAGUUGGGCUUCCACGGUGUCAAUGUCCACGGCUCCGAGAGUCGCAACAAAUCCAUGGUUGUUCAUAUUCAAAAUAUCCAUGAGGAUCGCAAGACGGAGGAUAUUGCUAACGAAUUUCUGGAUCGCCGUGUGUUCACUGGCUGGCCCUACCUUCAGGAGGGCUUGGUAGUCUCUGUAUCCGACUCACUGUUCAAGUAUGAGAAGAUGUCAGUCGUUCCCAACGCACCCCCAAAGGUCGUCUCCAACCCACACGCCCCUCAGGGGCUUGGCCACUGGAAGAUGAAAUCAGAGCGGAUCGAGCAAGUUUAUUCCAAAAAAUGGGGUGUCAUAACUGGGGAUGUCGAGGUCCUCCUCCACGUCAGACCACUAAAAGGCCUGUUAUAA